AUGUUGCUGCUGAUCUCUCAAAUCACAAUCUCCAGUCGUAGCUCAGUUGCACUGACAGUUGCUCACGAAUCACCGCAGGAUGGUGGCGGCGGCGGAGGAGGAGGAGGAAGUGGCACCGGAAAUGGCGGCGGCAACGAAGCCGUCGCCCUCAAGAAGGCCCUGGAGUGGGAACUGUCGCUCGAUUCCAGAGAUUUACGGUCCCAUGGUUGGUAUCAUGGGCCGAUUCCUCGGCAGCGGGCCGAGGAAAUUGUAACGCGGGAGGGCGACUUCCUGGUGCGAGAUUGCGUCUCCCAGCCGGGGAACUACGUGCUAACCUGCCGGACCAAGGGACAAACGUUGCACUUUGUCAUCAAUAAGCUGCUGAUUCAACCUGAAACCGUAUACGAAAGAGUACAAUACCAGUUCGAGGACGACGCGUACGACACAGUUCCUGAUUUGAUUACCUUCUACGUCGGCUCAGGACAAGCAAUUUCGGCGGCUUCAGGGGCACGGAUUCAGUUCCCUUGCAAUCGAAUCUAUCCCCUCUCGUUUUAUGCCUCCAAGUAUGGACAGUACCAGCAGGGAAUGCGGGGACCAAAUUCCCCUUCUCCAGUACCAUCGUCACCUGGUUUUAGGUACAAUCCCUACACCCAGCAAACGAACACAUAUCGCAGUCCGAUGUCUUCGCCACCGAGAACUAAACGUGAAACGCCACCUCGGUUGCCGUCGAAGAAACAACGUUCGCAAUCUCUGACGCCGCUGCAUGGCGCACAAAAUACGCAGCAAAGGUAUUGUAGUGCCGAUGGGGUCAUUCAAAGCAACGGAUCGUCUCCGCCGGAUAGUAAAACGCUUCCUAAACCAACAAGACUGGCUGGAUCGACAGAAAAGUGCAACAGUGCCGAUGGGGUGAUACAUCAGGACUCCUCGGCUCGAUCGACUCCAACGGUAGAUGAAAAAUGUUCAAGCGCCGAUGGUGUAGUCAAGACACAGAACUUGAACCGAUCGAUUUCCCAGUCGCUUCCACGAUCGAACAGCUUGAGAUCUUCGCACGGUAUCAUGGGCUCGAGAGCUUCCAGCAUCAACAAGGAACCUAGCGAACACUCGUUGAGUCCUUGCAUGGAGCAGAAACACUUUGCAGAAGAUGAUGAAGAAACGGAGCAAGUUCCUAGUCCGCCUCCUAAACCGAUACGUGGAGUCAAUAGAAACGACUCCAUGAAAGAAUCGGAUCGAAAUGGGGCGAUUCAUCGAAUGGGUUCCUAUCAUCCCAGUGGCUCGGACUCUGGAAACGGUUCCGGUGACUCGGCUCAGAGCUCCGCUACUGGUGAAGACAUUGCCCCGCAGCAUCGGGGUGGCGUAAUACUUAAAAAUCCACGUUUCAUCCCAAACUCCAUGUCCUCGGUCACCUUGCGAUCGUACGUGGAUUUUGACCCUUUGGCAGCCGAAGAAGCACUACUAUCGAUGCCUAUUCCAACGUACGAGCAGGUCUCGCGAUACGAUUUGGAAAACUUCAACACGCUGAUGCUUCCAUUCUGUGAUUACAAGCCACUGGACAGUGGAACGCUGAAUACGUUCCGCAUGAUGUUGGCUGAAACAGGGGCACGAGUAAUUGCCUCGCAUCUUACACGGGUCGAUAUCAGUUUGAUAUUAGACCAUUUUACACACACCGACCAGGAGUCUGGUGAAAAGAAAGAUAAUCUCCUGAACUGCUCAGGGCUGGAAUUGAUCACCCUGGAUCAUGGUCGCCAGUUUCGGCUAGAUCUAAUUGAGCGAACCGAGUGUAUGAAACUGCUGGUGGCCGUUACCAUUCUCACCUGCCAGGACGAUCUGGAACGGGCCGAAACCUUGAACAAGUGGAUUCAGAUCGCGGUUGAAACGAAAACUGCCCUAGGAAAUCUCUUCGGAUUUUGUGCCAUAAUGUUGGGCCUAUCGAUGCCUCAGAUACAAAAACUGGAAACCACGUGGCACACAUUGCGCCAAAAGUACACCGACAGUGCAUUUAAUUUCGAAGCUAAACUACGACCUACGCUCAACAGCAUGAACGAUUGCUCAAAUCCACAGGCACCGAACACGACGAUACCGCACGUACUGCCAUACAUUUUGAUUAAGGAUCGUUCCAUCAACGACAUUCUGGGUGACCCAACGCAGCCACCGCCUUCGAAUUGUACCCUGGUGGCGAGCUGUGUGACCCCCUGGGAAAAUAUUACCCAGGAUUUUGGGUUCUCCAUCUUGUUUGCUCACCUGGAUGCGGCGCGGAGUUUUAUAAAAAAUUUACCCCUUUAUCGGAAGAAUGCAAACAUUGUGAUGCAGGAUACCAGCCGGCUGGAUGCGCUGCUCGAGGAUGCGUUCAGAACCGAGUUCCAGAUCAAGUUCCUCUGGGGCAGCAAGGGCUGUUUCGUACCGGCCGAGGAUCGCCACGCCAAAUUCGAACACGUGCUCACCGUAAUGGCGGAUAAAUUCUGUUCGGAUCCAUCGCAAAAUGCCGCCGGCUAGAGAAGCAUCCAUGAUUCUUUCACAUCUUUCCAGAAAUGGGAUGAAUCAUCCAAUAGGAUGAAAUCCCUGAAAAAAAAAUUUUUCCAGAAGGCAACAAAAAAAAACAAAGAAAUCAAUCACUCAAACGAAUUCGAAUCAUCAGUUUUCUACGCUAUACACUACACAGUUUUUACUUGCGAGUUUAUAGGGAUAAAAUAUUUAAAAAAAGUCAAAGUCAUUCGUAGGUUCAUUCCAAUUUGCGAUUCUCGUAGUAAAAGUUUGGUAUUCAGAUAUGUAUAAAUACACGCAAACAUCAAAAAGCAUCUCAAUAGUCGUCAUACACGAAAUUUAUAAUGACAUUAUACCUAAUUAGGUCGACACGAAAGUAACGAAACAACAAAAUUACGUACUAAAUAUAAUUAGCUCAAAUAUUGAAAGAUACACCAAAAAAGGACAAAAUGAAGCAACGUUAAAUCAAACAGUUUGAAACAAUAAUUGGUAAGUGAAAAUGAAAAUGUGUGAAUAACACAAACGAAAUUACUUACAACAGACAGCAGAAGGAAUUUUCCUAGUUUUUGGAUACAUUUUUAGAACAAUUGCCAAACGUGAGCCGAGCGAUUUUACGCUCAAAUCACCAGAAACUGAACUACAGAACAUUGAAGUUAAUGAUUCUUAACUUGAAACGAGACCCCGAAAACUUAGAGACUCAAUCAAAGUUAAAUCGAUUUCUUGGGUUUUAAUUUUUUUUUACAGCCAAAGGAACGAAUUCAUACAACUUUAAAGUCGGUUGAGUACAGAAUUUGACAUGAAAAAUGAGAAUCGGUUCGAAUUACAAAUACAUUCAAUGAAGAAUUGUAUUCAUCGUUAUUCGAAUUCAACCCCUGAUAAAUGUCACACUUUCCUAUCAAAUUCUACCUGAAGCAAUACUGCACGUAUGUAUAUCAUUCGAAAUAGAAACAAAAACAAAACGUUGAUAUUGGUUUGUGAAACCUUUCCUCAUACCCCUACACUUAUACAAUCGAACUUUAAUCUCAACUUUCUUAAAAUGCAAAAAAACCCUUUUCCUAAAAAAAACCUUUUCAAGGAAAUGAAAAUGCUGAAAAACAACCUGACGAAAGAAUUUCGGUGCAGUCAUUCGAAAUCAAGCUGGAAAAGGCAACAUUUAAGAGUGAAAAUUUCAAACAUAGAAAGAGAAAAAAUACAACAAAAAUAAAUAAAUAUACAACUGCAAAAGAGUAACACACAAAAUACACAAAGCUAGUUAAAACAGUGGAUAAAUAAAAAGAAAAGAAACUGUAUGAUAAUAAAAAUGAUAAAAAGCAUGCGUACUAUUUAUAAACUAACUGAGCUACAUAUGGGAACCCUUUUCAAUGAGAAGUGCAACUAAAGAUGAAGGUACUGAUUUGCAUACAACUACAAAAGAUAAGGAUACACAUAUUUGGUUCAACUACAGAUGAUGUUUUAUCUUAUUUCUUACCUCUUUGUGUAUCACCUUCCCGAGUCAGAGUUGAAGAUAGGUUAAAAAUCUGUAUUAAUCCAAUCGCUAUGAUUAGAAAAAAAAAACUACAAUAAACACAGGAACAAUUUGAGUGCGGGUCUGAAGCAAAAAGUAUUACGUAAUGCAGGAUUAGGUCUGGAGUAAGAAGAAUGUACUUAUGUGUAUGUACAGUUAUGUUGUACAUAUUCCCAUGUUUGCAUUAUCCUUUUGGUUUAGUUAGACUAUUUUCCCCGGACUUCCGUUUCGAGCGAUAAAGUGAAUCGAAGCUAUCGAACAUGAAUGAUAUAAGUAAAGUAAGCAGUCGAAAUCAAACAAUAAACGGAUGUUGAAAGCAGAGGGCAAACUUGCCAGAAGUACUAAAAUCAUUUGUGGAAACCUUGUAUUUGGCAAAAGUAUGAUAUUUAAACAGUAAAAAUAUGAAAGUAAUAAAUUAUUUCAGUGAA